CUUACCACUGUUGUUGAUCGACAGUUGAGAGGCGGGACCAAAGAGCCAGAGCUCAACUCCCACAAGCACAACCAAGCUAGUACUUCCGGGUAUACCCUUCUGCCCCUCCCAGGGCAAUGUGGCACCUAUCUUGGCACCCCCUUUGUCCCUCCCCCCCCCCCCCUCCUCUUGGCUGUGUUAUAUUUACUCCAGCAGUCGCUCAGUAUUGGUGGUGAAGGCACGUCCCCCUCACGGUACACUGUGGUGGUCACCUCCCUCACACCUGUCUUACUGGGACCCUCGUCUUCCCCUUACAUGCGCGCCUUUCCCUAGGAUACAGGGUGGGGGCCACCGACCCCGGGUCCAGGUCGACCAGCCGCCUGCAGUGUUGUGAUCGUGUUGUGGUGUUUCAGGACUGUUGUGCAGUUUGAAUUGUUGCGGUGUUGGGUACUGUGUUGCAGUGUUGGGUACUGUGUUGCCUGUGUUGUAGUCUUCGGGCAGUGUUGGGUACUGUAUUGCAGUCUUCGGGCAGUGUUGGGUACUGUGUUACAGAGUUUGGGUACUGUGUUGCCUGUGGUAUAAAAGAGGCGGCGAUUAACUGCGAUACAUCAAGAUGUGACUUAUCGUAGUCGGAGGUGAGGAGGACAACAGUAUCGGUGAUGGCGGUGCCGCACCUGCUAGUGCCGCGGCUGCCGCAGGCUCUGGCGCGGCACCAGGAGGCACUGCCGCUGGCGCCCUACAAAGCCGCCCCGCCACCCACAGUGCCGCCCACCGUCAUAUCUCUCAAACACAUGUGCUGCAAGUUCUGGCUGGAGCGCGUACAACAUGUGCUGCGUCGCGACGUGCCCAAGCAUCUGGUGUUCGCCGUGCAGCGGUUCCUGGAGGACGUGCCGCGGGACGUGCGCUCCGUGAUGGUGCACAACGCCCUCAAGGCCGGCGGGCUGCACCUGAAGCACGGCAGCAGGGAGCUGCCCGCCAUUAACCGCGCCCUGGUGCUGCUGACGCCGGAGCUGACGGUGCUGGAGCCCGUGUACGUCACGCUGCCCCGCCCCGGACCCGACCCCACCGACUGGCCUCUCGACAUUGAGCUCAUUCUCCGCAACGGCGAUGGGCUGACGCACCUGGUGCUGACGAUGCCGCCGCUGCUGACGGACGUCGUCAGGAGGAUCUUCACCGACCUCUGCCGCACCUGCAAGCGGCUGUGUCGCGUCAGACUCGUCAACGCCUCGGACGAGGCCGUCACUCUCCUCACACGUCACUGCCGUCACCUGACGCACCUAGACGUGUCAGGGUCGGCGGGAGUCACCGACGAGGGCGUCAACCGCACCAUCGUCAACCUGCGGUGGGGCGGCGGCGGCGAGGACGAGGUGCGGCUGCGGCACCUGGACGUGGGCGGCACAAGCGUGACGCAGGAGGGCGUGUGCGCGCUCCUCACGCGCGUGCCGGAGCUCACCAGCCUGGGCUCCACUGACGUCAUCGAGGCUCUCAAGAUAAUGGAGGAGCUGACGGAGCAGACGACGCUGACGGCGCUGCAGGAGGUCAACGUCCGCUGCGUGACGGUUGGCAGCCUGCAGCUGCUGCGUCGCGCGUGUCCGGACCUCUCUGGCAUCAACGCCAUCAUCAAUUACUCUGGCGUGACCAUCAACGAACUGCGGCUCCUACCCGGACUGCGGCACCUGCGGCUGUCGGUGCGGGAGCCGUACUUACUGACGCCUGCGGCGUUGUACGAUUAUGCGUGGGCGGUGGGGCCGCAGCUGGUGACGCUGCGGGUGGAGGGUGACGUGUUCUGGGAGGCGGACCUGGGCGUGCUGGCCGCAAGCUGCCCGCACCUGCGGGAGCUGGCACUCCCCGCCGUCACCCUCCCCGCCAGGGACUCCCUGGCCGCCCUCACCGCCAGGGACUCCAUCGUCCUCGCCAGGCUCCAGGUACUGGAGCUGGACUGCAUGACGGGCGUGGGACCGAAGGCGUGGGCGAAGGACUACGCCCUGGUGAGGCAAGGGCUGGUGGCCGCCCUCAGGAAGUGUGUGCUCCUGCGGCGUCUGGUCUGCCGCCCUACCACCCUCGUCGAGAACGACUUUCUUCAGGUGCUCGCAGUCAACAGGAUGACCCACCUAGAGGUGCUGGAGCUGUACAACUGCGUGCUGGGCCUGACUGCUGCGCAGCUGCUGGUUGACACCUGCGAGAACCUACACGUGAUGAAGGGCCUGCGCACGUGGCGGGGACUCACCUUGCACGACCUCGUCCUCCUCAGGAAACACAGCAGAGGUCACCGCCGCACCGCUGAGCUCAAGAUCCUCCCAUGAACCUUAGCUGUCAGAGAGAGAGAAAGAGAGAGGGAAGGAACGAGUGUGUGAAUGAGUUAGUGAAUGAAUGAAUGAACUAGUCUGAUGGUACCUGGAUAAAGACCGGCACCUUGCCGGUUUUAACCUGCCCUCGGACACAAUACCGUCACUAGACAGACAAGAUGGAACCAUUGCAACUAGAUAUAGUACAAAACUUGCUUCAAGUACUAUUAAAGUUGUCAGUGGCAGUUACUCAAUAGCAUAUAGUCACUUCUUUCAAUCCCUCGACACAGGCAAGACAAAGGGUCCUGGUAAGAUCAACCCAAGAAUGUUGCACAGAUAUGCGGACUAGCUGGCAUCCCCUUCUCUCUCUCUCUACCAACUAUGUCAAGCUCUUGGAAUCUGGCUCUAUUUAAUUAAUAAGAGAUUUAUUUCCUGUACAAAAAAGAACUCUUCAGUCCUCAGUAGCAAGAGAAAUCCACAAUUGCACCUAACCUUGUCAAUGUUUGGACAGCUGUAAGUCAAUGGUAUAAUUUUUUAAUCUAUAAUAGCACAAUUUUCCCAAUAUUUGCUUACCAUAUUAUGUGUUGCUGACUAUAUGAUCUCAGAAAAUGUUAUGAUGCUUCUGACCCUUUCUGAAUAGUUUGUCACAUAUUAUGGGUGUGUCCCUUAAUUCUCUCUUCACAUCCUUCAAACAUUUGUGGUUAAUGGAAUGUUGUCUAAUCUUUCUAGUAUGAACACUGCUGAAAAGUAUUGGUGUUCAUGUUGUCAUUAUAAUAUGUUAAAACUAUUAGAGGUUGAACUAAUUGCUAAAGAAAUGUCUCAAAAUAUGCAAAAUUGCUCUGGCCAUUAGACAAAACAGCCUUGCUUACUAGGGCAAGUAGCAUGGUUCUAGCAAUAUGACAUUAUAUAAUGUCAUAUACUGUAUGUGUAUCAAGCUUGAAUGGUCCAUAAGCCAACAUGCAUCAGAAAACUCUUGACCCCUGAAGGAUUCGAAUCCAGUCAGCUAGGGCCUCUAUGCCCCUUGGUGUGUCCAGUACUAUAACCACUUGGCCACAGACUGUACGAAAGUAUUGGGAAGUCAUCCGACUUUUAACCCCCAAUACCCAACAGCACUCAUAAAUAUUUUGGGCACAGAUAUUUCAUCAAUCACUUCAGCAGGCCGGGACCACUUUUGUACAGUCUGUGGCCGAGAGGUUAUAGUACUGGACACACCAAGGGGCAUGGAGGCCCUGGCUGACCGGGUUCAAAUCCUUCAGGAGUCAAGAAUUUUCUGAUAUACUGUACACAUAUAUACAGUACAGUACUGUACUGUAUAUACAUUCAUUUACGUCUUUCACUAAGCAGAAUAAGUAGUACAAUUGUAAAAUUUAGGUUAAAGAUUAAAAAAUUAAUUUAUUCGGGUAAUACAUUUUACUUAUAAGGCAUAUUCCUUGAAUGUAUAGAAUAUAUUAACACAUAUAAAAAUAUAAAAUCUUCCAUGCAUAUAUACAUUCUCAAGAGGGAACAAAUUUAUCUUUAAACGAGGAAGUACAGUACUUUACAUUAGCACGAUAAAACCCCACCAACCUAAAGUAAACUGAAUUACCGGUAAAUCAAAAAUAAAAAUUCAUUAACAUUCCAGGAUAUCAUAACACGGCACAGUGCCAGAAUGUACAGCUUCUGUAGUGUCUCGCGUGGAGAGACAAUUUCAAUGUCAACAAUAGAAGAUAGACCCUUGCUCCUAGGUAACAGUGACUGGUUACCUUACCUUGAGGUGCUUCCGGGGCUUAGCGUCCCCGCGGCCCGGUCGUCGACCAGGCCUCCUGGUUGCAUGUGUUGCAUAUUGAAUGAUUACUUAUAAAAUAUAUCAGGCCUAAUUGGUUAUAUUUUAGGUGAUCAAUAGUUAUGAAAAUGGCUCUUAACAAUUAACUAAAUAUAUUUAAAUUUUAAAUCUUGAGAAUUCCCUCCAAGAUGUCAGCAAUUAAAAUUCAUUUGUUUAAGAGCAAGAAAUAAUGGAAGGAUAUACAGCAUGUAUGUAUAUACAUAACUAAUAGGUCACGUUGCCUAACAAGGCGAGUUUUCCUGAAAUUAUGCAUGUCAAUUUUUUUCCUUAGGAAUGAUAAAGCUUUCCAUUACAUAUGAUAUCAAAAAUUUAAUUUGUUAAAACAUAGCUUUGAUAGAAAUUUGAUCAAACCUAAGUCAGUAAUUCA